AUGAAGUCGUACCCUACUAUCGUGCAAUUCAAUGAAGGGAGACACUCUCUCUUGCUGCGCAGCAUCUCCAGCCGUAGCAGCUCUCGUUUGACGGACACGGUGUUGGGGAGGAGCGGUUGCGGCGGGGACGCAGUAACAUACGCAGCGUUAUUUGAGGAGUAUAACAAGCUGGUGGAGAUGGUUCUGCUGCAAAAGACGACACGGCUGAUAGGGGGCCGGGAAAGCGUGCAGGUGAACCAGUAUAUGCUGGAGGGUCGGUUAGGACGAGGCCGUUUCGGGACUGUCCUGCGGGGGCGACGGGUGGCCGGGUGCCGGCGGGGCCAGCAUGAUACGGCCGAGGUUGUGGCCUUAAAGUGCAUCAUGAAGCGUCCAGUAUCGUCGCUAUUCUCCAUGAACCAGAUAAUGCGGAAGCGUGCGCGGCUGCAGUCGAGCGGUGGCACGCCGCCCGGGACGCUCACCGCAACGCCGGAGCCAACGGACAAGGUUUUCCGGCGCUCUUCGACGAAAUCGCUGACGUCCAUUCCUGUCGAGUAUCUCGACAGCGACUGGAUUAUGAUCGAAAUGAACCUGUUACGCAUCCGCAAGGAGUGCUUGAUCCACGGGCAGCUGCCCCCCCAUCCGCAUGUCAGCAGGUUACUGGAGAUAAUUGACUCGCCGAGGUCAGACCGGGUCUGGCUGAUCCAAGAGUUUGCAUCGCUGGGCGAGCUCCAGUGGGAGCGUGCCUCCAAGCAGCAGGUUCCUGAACAGUGGUGCCAAUUCAUGAAGCCUUCGGUGACGCGUGCGGAAUUCGCGCUAAAGGUGCUACGUGAUUUGAGUCUGGGGCUGGCCUUCCUACAGAAACACGGCAUAGUGCACCGCGACAUCAAGCCAUCGAAUAUACUACUGGACGGUACCCGCGGGACGGCCAAGAUCUCAGAUUUUGGCUGCUCGAUCCUCAAGCCAGACCACCUGCCAUGGUGGAAGCAUGAUCCCGAGAAACAAAGGUGGAGUAGAGCAUUUCAAGACGAGGUGUCCAAAAUCGUGGGCACGCCAGCCUUCAUUCCCCCAGAGCUGUGCGACUUCACCCUCGAAGAGGAAGGCAACUCCCGAAAGAGUCCGUCCGGGCGUCCGGCGGCAGACGACCCCGAUCGGGGCUUCAAGGUCGACAUCUGGUCGCUCGGCGUGACCAUCUACUGCAUCCUGGAGAACCGCCUCCCAUUCUUCGGCGAAAACGAGUUCGAGACAUACCACAUGGUGGUCACUGCAGAGCUGUCACCGCUGCCCGAGGACCCCGCGGACCCAGAUCUCGAGUGGCUCUACGUCUUUGUCACCCACGGCCUGCUGUGCAAGGACUGGACCCGCCGGCCUACCGCUCAGGAAGUCCUCACGCAGCUGGCCCUGCACUGCGGCGACCACUCCUCCAAGAUGAGCAAGGUAAAGAAGAAGUUCUCCACCUGGAAGCGCAAAAUCGCGCGUUCUGUCGUGCACAGAUCCGCAGGGCAGCAGCCCUCCGAAUCCCUCACAGGCACGAUUUUCUCGCACUCCUCCUCCUCCUCCUCAAAUGUAUCCAGUAUAUUCACUACGGACUCAUCGAUAGAAUUGAUAGAAUCUCAUAGGUAA